CUUCCCUCUCUGGGCUGCUUUUCCAUUGGCCCCUCAGACUUGCUAUCAGUCCAAUGGAUGCGGGAGGAGCUCCGUCCCUGAUGGUAGGGGCGGGAAAGUGAGUGCGUGACUUAGAAGGCGAGUGUGUGAGAGAGGAGGAGGGAGAACGGAGUGAACGGCUGAGGGAGCCAUUUUCUCAUAUGUAGAGCUAUGGAUGUGAAAACGCCUGAAUCUCUGUUUUUUAUGGAUUUGCCGGAUCUAAGGGAACUUUGUGCUGUAAAGAUUUAUUUGAAUCCUGGAACUUUAAAUCCUUGUAUUAGAGAUGCACAGAUUCAACUCUGCAGACAUUUGUUAUUUCUUAAUGAACAAAUUGUCGCUUCACCAAAUCCAGAACAGUUUGAUCAGAUAACAAUCAUCAUGGCAAUCUCUUUCUAUAGAACAGGAAAAGUUCAGUCAGUUGCUGAAAAAUAUACUACUAAAAUGGAGAGUCCUGAAAGAGUAACUCCAGCUUUACUUCAAGCUUGUCUCUCUUACACCAUCGCACUACGGCUUUCUCCACAAUGGAAUAAAGCUGGGCAUCUUCUAAUUCAAGGGGAAGCUUUCUUAUCAGAAUCCGGAAAGCAGGAUGCGGUUGACUUGCGCAUCAGUGUAUCAGAUGGCCAAAUUUGCAUUUGUGUACAUGUUGAAAAAAUUUGGCUUCCACCUCCUAAGCUGUCCGAUUUUAAUGUUUCAACUGGUACUUUGCAGAGCUUUGUAAAUGAUCCAGGCUUCGUUAUUCAAAGGCACUUCAUUCCAAAUAACUGGUGUUACGUCUUACCUAGUAUGAAAAUGGGUCAAAUUGUAAGCAUUGGUCAUAACAUCUCACUAGAGACUCCAUUUAAAUCCUACAAUGAUUUUCAGAUUCAUUGGAACAUGCUGUAUGGUUAUGAGCUUCCCAAUGUGUCCGAAGAUAAAGUAAUAUAUUGUAAUGUUUACUUCAAGUUGAUUGGAGAGAAGCUAUUUACGUAUCCAUUUUUUUGCCUAAGAAGUCAGCCCAUCCAAUUUUACCCACGCGCAGAUAUGGCAAGAAUUACAAAUGCUUUCAUCAGUGACCUCAAGUUUAAAAUGUCUCAUCUUUGUGGUUUUCCUAUAAGGAUAAGUGAGAAUCCUGUUUACACAGUUAUGGCAUUAACAAGACCUCAGUCACAGGGCAAAACAAACCUAGUCAACCUAACCGCAAAACUACCCUCAGGAUCACUUUCUCAAGAUUCAAGGUACAAUGCAGCAACAAGCCAGAAGAUCCUGCCUGUGAAGCAAACAAAAGAGACAUGUGUAUUAGAGAAAAAACAUCCUGAAAAAUCUACUUUAUCAACAUUACAAAUGGAGCCUUUUAUAUCACCUUUUCAGCCAUUUCAGGUUUCCCACUCUUCUGUAAGGCAUGAAAGACCUGUACAAAGAUAUGUGCCAGUGUUCCACAGAAAAAAUGAAGCUAAUUCAAGUCAUUUCCAGCUUACAACACAAGAUAAAAGAAUGUUCAGUUCUUGCAUUACCAAUUCUUUAAAAGAGCAUAACUCCAAAUCUAUGACAGUCAGCUCUGUGAUGGUCCUUUCUAAGCCUACCCAACCUUCAUUUAGUCAGAUUAUAGAUGCUAGAGCUAAUUUAUCUGUGAAAAAAUUAACAAAUCCAUCUAUGAUUAUGAAAAAUCAUAUAAGAGAAAUAAACAGGACUAUGAAUGUUACACAGAAUCAAAAUUCAAUUGCUGUUGGAAAACAUCAGUUAUGUUCUGCUUCCUAUCAAAAAGAAGUAAAGCCCAGGCCUGUCUCGAAUCCAAAGGGUGCUGAACCAUCACAGUUGCACACAAAUGCUAGUGAAAUAAACUGUAUCAAGCAGAUACCUGCCAGCAAUGCACAUAAAAAUCAGAAUGCUGGGAAUGUAAACCCCAGAAAUACAGAAUGCUUAACUCGAGAAGUCAGCAUGCAGGAACAAUCCUUUGACUUUAGUUCUAAAAGGUGCAGAACUAAGCAAACCAUCAAAGAGGUCGAUGUAUUAAAGCAUGCAAAAAAUAAUGAGUUGCACACACUGAAUAAAGCCACUCUCCAGAACCUGCUCAAACAGCAUGGGAUUACUACCAAGGCCAGGAGCAAAAAAGAACAACUAGUGGCAAAAAUAAUGCAGAUCCUUCAGGAAAUCUAGUUUUGAUUUUGUGUGUUUGAGGUUAUUUUGGUGACUAUUACAUUCUAUAGCUACUGCUAAAAUGUAUUAGAAUAAAAUUAGCUAAGUUUUGUAUGUUGUUUAUUUGAACAUACAGUAUAUGAGCUUUGUUUGCUUAGACUGAAUUUUAGUUAUACCUAUGUUCUAGAACUGAAACAUCUAACUUUAUCUCACUUUAUUUUACUGUAUGCCCUUUAAAGGGUAACUGCAACUUUUAACAGAUUUUAAGUCCCC